AAGCCAUUACAAGACAAACAUCAAAUCCGAACACAAAUGCUCAGACUCACAAGGUGCGCCACCCAACUGAAGAGCCCAAGGGCUCUGUAUAUCCUCACCAGGGCGGCAUCAACAAGCACACAGGCCACGCUGGCGGCAAAGGAGCAGACUGCCAACCAGGAGCUGGAGAACCCAAGGGCGCAAGCGGAUUUCUACAAGAGCCUGCUGAAGGCGAACUAUCCGCAGUACGUUGUGUCGAGAUACGAGUCGCCAGGCAUAGCAACGUCGACGGAGUGUGCACACCUGUACGCGGAUGCGCUGAAGAAGCUGGGUAAGAUGAAGGAGGCGGAGGCGGUGAAGUCACAGCUGGCCAAGGGCUCGUUGAGUGGUGCUGGUUUGCACGGGAAUGGCGGCGCUGCGUUUGGCGCUGGUGGUUCGUACGGAUCGCGUAACAACCCUGUCUACGUUGUUGUGGCAGAGUCGACGUGGACGAUGAUCUCCAAGUGGUUGAAGUUCCUGAUUCCUAUUGGGCUGCUGACGUGGGGUGUGAUGGAGGGCUUCACGUAUUUGGUGGAGUCCGGCACCAUCUUCAAGAACUCGGAGAGCUCUGACAAGUCCGUGGACAUGUCGAAGGUGAACGUCAAGUUUGACGAUGUUAGGGGAGCUGACGAAGCGCGUGCGGAGUUGGAGGAGAUUGUUGAUUUCCUGAAGGAUCCAACAAAGUUCACCGGCUUGGGUGGUAAGCUGCCUAAGGGUGUGCUCUUGACCGGUCCUCCAGGUACUGGUAAGACGUUGUUGGCCAGAGCCACCGCUGGUGAGGCGGGCGUGCCAUUCUUCUUCAUGUCUGGUUCCGAGUUCGAUGAGUUGUAUGUCGGUGUUGGUGCUAAGCGUGUGCGUGAGCUGUUCUCUCAGGCCAGAGCCCACUCCCCUGCAAUCAUCUUCAUCGACGAGUUGGAUGCCAUUGGAGGCAAACGUAAUCCUAGGGACCAGGCUUACGCUAAGCAGACCUUGAACCAGUUGCUUGUUGAGCUUGACGGAUUUUCGCAAACUUCCGGCAUCAUCAUCAUUGGAGCCACGAACUUCCCAGAAUCUCUGGAUAAAGCACUUACCCGUCCAGGACGUUUUGACAAGAUUGUGAACGUUGACCUGCCAGAUGUUAGAGGGCGUGCCGAUAUCUUGAGACACCACAUGAAGAAUGUUGAAAUCGCAAAGGAUGUGGACCCAACCAUCAUUGCCCGUGGUACUCCUGGCUUGUCAGGUGCUGAGCUGAUGAACUUGGUCAACCAAGCUGCUGUCCAUGCAUCUCAGCAAAACGCUCUUGCCGUUGACAUGAACCAUUUCGAAUGGGCAAAGGACAAGAUCUUGAUGGGGGCUGCAAGAAAAACCAUGGUGAUCACCGAGGCCAGUAGAAGAGCCACCGCGUACCACGAGGCUGGCCAUGCCAUUAUGGCGUUGUAUACACCAGGUGCCACUUCACUCUACAAGGCCACGAUCCUACCAAGAGGUCGUGCGCUGGGUAUCACCUUCCAGCUACCGGAGAUGGAUAAGAUUGAUAUCACGAAGAAGGAGUGUAUUGCAAGAUUGGACGUCUGUAUGGGUGGUAAGGUUGCCGAAGAGAUGAUCUACGGUGCUGAGAACACCACGAGUGGAUGCGGGUCAGACCUCAGCUCCGCUACCGGCACAGCAAGGGCAAUGGUUACGCAGUACGGCAUGUCGGACAAAGUGGGUCCUAUCAGUCUUGCGGAGAAAUGGGACUCGUGGUCGCCAAAGCUCCGUGAUGUCGCAGACCAAGAGGUGGUUGACAUGUUGAAAGAAUCAGAGAACCGUACCAGACGUAUGCUGCACGACAAGAAAGUGGAACUGGAGAGACUGGCUCAGGGCCUCAUCGAGUACGAAACGCUGACAAAGGAUGAAAUCAUCAAGGUUGUCAACGGAGAGCCUCUGUCCAAGGCCAAACAGAUGACAAACACUGUUGUCGAAUCCCCAGAUAGCGACGAACGUAAAGGCGUGGACAAACAACCUUUCCCAAUCCCAGCUUCUGCAUGAUCUUUACGAAACCCCCACC